AGCUGCAUCAUGGCGGCCAUCCCCGCAGCUUCCCUUCUCCUCCUCCUCCUCCUGGCUGACGUCAUCACAGCUGUGGUCACGUGCCCUGCCCCCUGCAGGUGUACCGGUACUCACGUGACCUGCCACAGCCACCUGACGCACGUGCCUGAAAACGUACCUGCGCAGACCACCUGGCUGGACCUCAGUCACAACAACCUGACGUCGCUGGACCGGCGGACCCUGUCCAACCUGGUCCACCUGAUGAGGCUGAACGUGUACGGGAACAACAUCAGCACCAUCGCAGACGACACUUUCACAAACCUGACGAUCCUACAGUCUGUAAACCUUGGAUACAACCGUCUGUCGUAUCUGAAUCCCGAUGUCUUUGCGGAUCUUCCGAACUUGAGGAGCGUGUACCUGAGCGGGAACCCGUGGAGCUGCGACUGCCACCUGCAGCACCUGAUCACCUGGGUGCGUGCGUCAGCUGCCGUCCAGUCCGGCAGGUGGGGGCCCACCUGUGCGUCCCCGUCACGACUACGUCACACGCCGCUGGACCAGGUGGACCCUCAAACUCUGUGCCCGAACACGACACCUGUUGACUCCAAGGACCGGACCGACAAGGUCCUUACACGCACAACAACGCAAGAGACCACCAUCAGUAACGACGAAAGGCUGUCUGCUGUAACCAGAUCUAUGACAUACAAAAUUUCAUAUUCAGCCACAACACUGCCUACGACACCAACUAUCGCUGAGUGUGGAGAAGCUAUCACACUUACAAACAUCACCGUCUCUGACACGACUGUCCAAUGGCAGGUCAGCUCUCCUGACGUCACAAGCCUGAGGGUGACGUACAAAGGACCUCAUGACGUAGCCCCACACCAGACCCGCGUCUUGUACCGGCAUCGUGCACAUCGUAACAGCUUCACGCUGACCGGACUCACACAGAAUACGUCAUACAUCAUCUGUGUAAGGUCUACCUACCGGAGGAGACAAUGUCGUCCGACAAACGCCACCUGUGUGCAGGUGAGGACAGCCUCUCCACCGGACCUGGAUUCCCGGUCUGUACACCUGCACGGUCCGGGGAAACACACAGUUGCAGGUGUACUGGCCGCCGUGGUCGCUGUUGCCUCGGUCAUUCUCAUCGCUUCCUGUCUGCGACAGACGGUGGUGAUGACGUCAUGUGCCCUGUGGGUGGGGAGGGGGGCAGUCUGUACACAUCAUGUAAACAUAAACAUGUUCUAUUGCAUGCGAAAAGGUCAACAGUCACUCGUGCAAGGUCAGGAGGUGGCGUACCAGACAGGGCCGAGCCUCUGCCGCAGCCUGUUCACGUCCGCGCGGGUUUUGUGUGGAAACGACUGCUCAAAAGGGCAAGUGUCUGAAUAGGUUUAAAGUGUUAGACAUUAGCAUCUUUUGCUGG